AUGAAGCUAAAUGUCAUCUCGAGAACCAUCAGAUGGGGUAAAAUUUUAUACUCCAAGAUGCUUAGUACGCCUCAACGAUCUCAAAUUGAGAAUCCGGAAGUUGGUAGGGAAAGUGGACUCGAAGAUUCAUCCCUAGGCCUUGAACCCUUUCCUGAAAAACGUACUAGCAUGAUCGAUAGAAUCAUCAAGUCAGAAUUUGGCAAUCGUGAAUUUGUUGUUGAGCUCAUCCGACUAUACCCGGAUCUCAUAUGGAAAGUAGAUGACAACAACCAAAGCAUAUUUCAUGUUGCUGUGGCGCAUCGUCAUGAAGGUAUCUACAACCUUCUAUAUGAGAUAGGCUCCAUGAAAGAUUUGAUCUCCCCUCUCAGAGACUGGAAUGAUAAUAAUAUGUUGCAUUUAGUUGGAAAGUGUGCAAAGCAAAAGCGACUUGAAGAUGUGUCGAGAGUUGCUUUAAAAGUGCAGCGAGAGUUACUAUGGUUUAAGGAAGUUGAGGCUAUGAUCCCUCCUGCUAAUAGGGAACGUAAGAACAAAUAUGGUUUAACACCAUACGAGUUGUUCACAAAAGAACACAAAGAUUUGGUUGAUCAAGGGGAGAAAUGA